AUGAGUCACUGCGACGACUGUUUCAAAGGGGUCAAGCACGAAGGGACACCAGAAGGGGAAUGGGUGAAGAUUAAUGGUAUUGAUUCGUAUGUCGGUACACCGAAAGGCGAUUACUCCAAAGAGAAAGUUGUCCUCUUCCUCUCGGAUGUAUUUGGUGCUCAGCUGGUGAACAACCAACUGCUCGUUGAUGCCUUUGCUCGCUACGGGUUUAAGACCGUAAUGCCGGACCUUUUCGAAGGCGAUCCAGUUCCUGUGGAGGUAAUGGAUGGUAAAGGAACCUGGAACCGCGAUGAAUGGAUGCCGAAGCACACCUUUGAAGUCACUCGCCCAAUUGUCGACAAGAUCCUUACGGCAUUCAAGGAGCAAGGCAUCGGGUCCAUUGGCGCCACCGGAUAUUGCUACGGAGCGCGGCUCGCCUUUGACCUUGCCUUUGAGGACUUAAUUAAGGUUGUUGCAGUCUCCCAUCCAUCCCGUCUGCAAGUCCCCGAAGACCUAGAACGCUACGCAAGCACUGCCAAGGCACCCUUGUUGAUUAACUCGUGCACCGUGGACCAGCAGUUCCCUCCGGAAUCUUCAGCAAAGGCCGACGAAAUAUUGGGAGACGGGAAAUUUGCGCCUGGUUACAAACGCACGUACUAUGAAGGCUUACACCACGGCUUCGCCGUCAGAGGGGACAUGAGCAAUCCGCAAGCAAAGGCCGGGUUAGAGGGAGCUUUCAUAGAGAGCGCAGAAUGGUUCGCGAAAUAUUUGUAG